GGAGAGGCGUCAGGCUGGCGCGAUUCAAACUGGGAGGCGGUUGCCAACGGCCGUGCGAAGCCGUUGGGUGACUGGAGAGCGCCUGUCUCUGCGGGCUGAGGGAACAACGGUUCCGCGACGGCAGAAGGGCAUUUCCUCUCACGCCGACGCCGGUAGGUAACGGGGGUGGGUGAGUCUGUGGGGGUCUCUCUGGUCCGAGGCCCUCGGGGCUCUUAGAGGACGCUUGGCGUGGAGCGAACAUCUGACAGAAAAGGAGUGAAGUGGUUGGAAAGAGCAGGGCGGGCGUCCUGUAAAUAAUUGAAAUAGCAUUAUUAUUAUUAUAUUAUUAUUAUUAUUAUUAUUAUUAUCUAUUAAUAAUAAUAAAAAAUCUGCGUAGUUACGAAGAUAACUAGCUAUUGUGGGGCGAGAAUGUGGAAGUUUCCACAUUUCUCCCUUCAAGUGUACUUGUGUCAUAUAUUUUACUUACUCAUUUAUUUUAUUUAUUCUGCCCCCCACUCCAUGAAACCUUCCCGCCGCGGAAAGUAUUACCAAAGGCUUGUUUUUGAAAAAAAUAUAUAUAUUCACUUCUGAGGAACGGUGAUGGGAGGCGAGGCUUGAUGAAGGUUUCUAGCUUGGUGAUUUCUAAAGCGCCUGAAAGCUUGCGCAUCUUGAUCUAAAUCCCCCAAAUUUAUUUUAUAUAGUUAAGUUUUUACCUUUCUCUUCUGUACAUUUUAUUUUAUUGGCUGGUGGCUGAUGCAAAUAACGUUUAUGUUGAUUCUUGGAAACACGAACACCCCUGUGUUAUCCAUCUUGAGUUCCAUGAUGAAACAAAGGAAAUAAAUGUACAAAAUAAACAUUAAUAAGAUAUUAUGGGAGGAAUCUGCAGGCGUUGGGAACAGAUAGGGAGAAAGGGCAGAAUCCAUAUAGGAAACAGAACACAUUCAGUACCUUCAGUGUGUGGCAAUGGAUGAGCAAAGAUCACAGGCAGGUAUGUUUUAGGACCUGAAAGCAGAAAGAUAGCGUGGGCAGGCCACCCAUAGGUUUUUGAAUGUCUUAUGUAGAUCUUUUUAAAUUUUGUUGUCCUGUAUGGGACAAUGACAAUAAAGAUUAUCGUAUCAAAGGUAUAGAUAGACAAGUGAGUAUUUGCUGGAUACAAGAGUAAACAGGAGGUCAGUGUAAGGAGAGGCAUCAUGUGAAUCUUGAGUAAUGAGAGAGGUGGAUUUGGUUCCAGAGUGAGAAUGGGCAUUCAAAGAGGAGAUUGUUAUAGCCACAGCUGGAAGUGCAUGAAUUAAACUUUUUGCUGACAGUGGAGGGCCGGAUUUUUGCAAAAUUGUCUUUGGAGAAAUGACCUUGAUAGAAAGAAUAGCUGAGGGCAGAGAACAAAAUUUCUGAUGGACCCCAGUGGAGUAGAGGAAAGCUGAGGAAGAACUUCCCUCUGUGAAAAGGUUGAGUGAGCAAUAAGGUCAGGACAGAGUUGCAAGAACCAAGAGCAUAAAGGUUAUUGAGAAAGAUCAACUAUAUAAAAUGUAGCAGUGCACUCUAGGACAAAGAGAAGUACUGUAGAAUCAUUUUAUUUGGCAGCAGAAUAAUCACUGGCCAUUUUGGUGAGGGCAGAAGUCAGAUUGUAUGUGUGUGUUAAGAGUAGGAAGGCUGAGUCAGCAGGAAUAAGUGGUGCGCUUUCAGGAGUUCUGAGGAAAGCACAGAAGAGAAACCAGGUUCUGGUUGGGGAUGGCAACAUGGGUCAAGGGAUUCUUUACCACAAGAUGUACUAAUGGCUGCCAGGUUGGAUGACUUUAAAAGACGAUUAGAUAAAUUCAUGAAGCAUAAGGCUGUCUGUCAGUGGCUACUAGCUUACACUGGCAAUGUUCUUCCUCCACUAAUAGAGACAUUAUGGCUUGGAAUACCAAUUUCUAGCUGGUCCUUUGGCCUGAUCCAGCUGAGCUCUCUUUUUUUGUUGUUUCUUUCUUUCCCCCCAGAAAAUAGUGGCAUGUUUGAAUGCAGUACAGAAGGAGCCAGUGGAGAAUUAUAAGUUGAUUAGAUGGUGGAGAGGAGGGAUAAUGACAAGGCAGUGACAACCAGAAGUUGAAAUGGGAUAGGAUCAAGGCUAGUCAAUUUGCCAAAUAUGGGCUGGAAUGCAUCUCGUUCCUGCAUGAUAAGAACUUCUCCUUCCCUUCCUCUUUUUGCUAAAGUCCUUGCCCUGAGGACAGCAGUCCUGCUUGCAAUUAUUCCUUCAAUAAUCUGAUAACACCUGCUUCUUUUCUGUGUCUUAGGAAAUUCAUUCUUUAAGGCCUUCUCAUGCUGCUGUCUGAGCCUCCAGGGUGCAGGAAUCGAGGAGCGCGGGUAUCAUACUGCCUUCUAAUAGGUGCCUCUUGUAUGAUUGUGAAACUUUAUGACAGUGUCCACGCUUAGACUUAAGCUUAAGUAUGGUUUAUAGCUAGUGUUAUUAGUUUGUGCACGAGCUCCCUGUUGGUGAAAGCAGCUUGAGCAAUUUCUCCCCAGUCCAGGAGCAGCAAACUAUGAAGUAUUGGCUUAACGUUUGCAUCCAAACUAGCACUUGUGGCUGUUUUCCCCACACAUAUCACAUUUGGGAACUUAGGUGUGUUCUUUGGUUCCUGAUCAUGGUCAAUUAAGCUGAUUUGCUUAUGUUGCAUCUGAAACUGGCCAUUGUAAUGUUACUGUUAUGUUGCUGUUUAUAUGCCACCUUUCAGCCAAAAGAUACCUACAAAGACAAUAAUGCAAAUACAAACAAUAAAAUAGUACAAAUUCAAAACAUUUCAACAGUGUUAAAAAGCAAACACAUCCAUGUUCCUGCCCAAAAGGCAAAUAACAUUCCUUACAAACAUGUUAAGAGCAGGCAAAAAUACUUAAGCAGCAUCUUUGCUUUAUGGGGGUCCCAGGUGGGGUGGGGCAAGGCACUGUGUCCCCUGUAGUAAUGCCUGCCAUACAGCAUCUCUUUGCUAUAUGGGUAUCUAUAUUACUGUCUGGAAUAGAUCUUAUUGAUACUCAACUGACAACAUUUGGCUACUGGCUAAUGAAUUAAAAUAAUUUAUAGGCAGUUUCGUAUUAAAAAAACCUGAUGUGGUUUACCAACUAAAAUUCUGUUAUUGUUAUUAUUAAAUUGAACCACUCUUCAGCAGCGGGUCCUAGGGUGGUUUACAACCUAAAAUUCAGAAUACUCUCCUUCGCAGUACUCUACGGUGUUCCCCCUCCCACCUGUCUCCACCCCUACCCCACCAAUGGUCUUUCAGGAUUCCAUGGCCACUGAGUAUGCUUAGCUUCCACUGGGUUAUCUUAGUGCGCCCCCCCCCCCAGUUUAGGGGGUGUUAAGAGAUUUUCUCCCUUAUUUCUGCAGAGCUCAGAUUGUUGUCUGUUUAUGACCAAAUUCUAAUUUAAACUCAUUGGUCUAUGUGACCUCACUGAGCUGUAGAAUUUCUGAAUCUGGGCAUUCCUGAAGAUGCCUGUGACUUGGAAGAGGUUGAAAUGGAGUCAGCCACUCAACAUAUGGGAAUUGCCUAUAACUAAUCCUGUACAAGACUGAGCAGCUAGCUUUGACCCACGGUAAGAAGAACACCUAUGAUUUGCUGCUUUUUCUUGUGCCUUAUCUGUGACCUUUCUGAAAACAUGGCAUUUACAAAGCUUUCAUGGAUUUGCAGAAGAAAGACGUUCUGUUGAGUAACCUUGGCUAACACAUACGUAUGGUGCCUGUCAAAAAUGCCUUUCCAUUCUCAUUUCUCUGCAAAAGUUUUUAGCCCUGGUUUUUCUAAAUUUGCGGUAUUUAAAAUAGGUUUCUUCCUUCAUUGUAGUAAUAAUUUUAAAAAGGAAAUAAGACUAUAGGCCCACAGUGUUUCCUAUGUGGAUGAAAUAGUGACUAUAAUUGGAUUGAAAAUGACAGUACUACUUUGCUGCUAUCCAGUAUGUAUUUACUUAGGAGUUAGACCCAUGAGUUCAGCAAAUCUUACUUCUGAAUAGACAGGUAUAUGAUUGUGUUGUUGGUAAUAAUGGGUAAUAUUUUAACGUAAGUAUUUGGGGCAGGGGAAAAGAAUUGUUUUGUGCUUCCCCAAGCGCAAGUAGUAGCCUUUUGCAGAAUAUUCAGACAUGGCACUUUCUGCAGUAUCUACUUGUAUUAAAAUAUACAAGUAGAUACUGGCAAGUUUUGAUUGUUAAAGCAGCUUGCAUUUACCCCAAGGCAACAGCUAUGGCUCCUUGUCAGCAGGGCUUAUUGCAAGAAUUUUGUUUACAUUCCUGCUAUUUCCACACCAGUCCUCAUCCAAGCUAGUAGCCAUCAAAUACCACAAAUGCUCAUUUGAGCAAACCUCUUGUAGUCAUCAGUGCCCAUUUAAAUGAAUAUCUUUAGCUAUUGCCUUUACUCUGGGCUUUCAUACAACUAAUUUCUCACUUGACACAAUAAUCACAUUUUUGUUCCUGUUUGCAUGCUGUAAUACUGAAAGCUUCAGCCAGCUGUACAAAUGCAUUUCUCUCAUUGGUCCAGAUUUAUAGCUGGGAGAGAGAAGGUCAUAUCUGGAUUUUCUGGGUCUGGCGUUUUGAGUAGUUCUUUAUCAGCAUUACAUCCACCAUAGUCAGACUUACAAUGAUAUAAGGAGUGCAGGGUUACUUCAGCCUGCAGAUUUGGAGAGCCAUUAAUGGUGGUAAUUUUGUCUGGAGUGUCAGAAAUGGAAGAGGGAAAGGAAUAAGGUGAUAAAAAGACAACAGGCAAUUUCUUCCAGGGAAAAAAAUGUGACAUGGGCAUAGAGAUUGCCAACCUGUUUGGCCCAUGAUCACAUACUCAUGCUAGUUGUUUCUUUUUGCCCCUCUCCUGGAUCAAUCUCCCCUUCUGUCUUGGAAAGACCAAAUAAAGGGAGUGAGGCAGAAAGCACCCAUCCAAGGGAUCUGGGUAAAAGUCAGUUUUCAGCAGAAUUAGAAUAAAUAUGCUUGAAUUUGCAUCAUGUGAAGUGUAGUUUGUUAAGGGUGCUCAGAAUUGUAGCUCUGAGAGGGGUAAACUAGGAGACAAGUGGCUUCUGGGACCUGAAUUGUGGGUGCCAAAACAGAAGGUCUACUUGCCACUGCGGGGGGGAGGGGUCGGCAACACUUUUUAUUUAUUAUUUUGAAAAGCAUGAACUAAUACGCAAUUCACAUGACACAUUGUUAACAUCGCAUUGUUAACAGAAAUUGUUAAUACAUGUUUAAUUUGGUGUUUAUAAUAAAAAAUAUUGGUACCAAACUUCAUUUUCAAAACACUGUACUCCAGAACUUUCUAAACAUUUCAUGUUGGUGACACUUUUUAGACAUGCAACACUUUGUGACACUGAUUCAGUUUUACUAGCAAACCGGAGGCUAAACUAACCCCUUUCCAGCCCCUUGGGGAGCAUUUGUGCGACACGCCGACACAUUAACGUAUUGCGACACACAGUUUGGAAAGCUCUCCUCUACUCUUUAUUGUUAAACUCCUUAACGUAUUGUCCUUCCUUAACAUAUACUUCAAAGCUUCUAAGCACAUACAUUUCUGUAAUCCUUGAGUGUCAACCAGGUGCAGAAAAUGGCACCCAGACCUCUUGAGGUGCUUGCAAAUGGAGAAUCUUUAGGCACAAAAUGCGCCUAGAGCCCUGCUAAUUUCGAACCCUGGGAUGUGCCCUCUCUGCUCUCUGAUUCCUGUGACAUCCCCCUUUCUUCAAUCUACCUGGUCAUUCCAUGUUCAUCCUUCCAGUCUUCCAAAUCACACCCCUUACUCUUCUUCCUUCUUAGUCAUUCAGUUUUCUGUUCAGCUACUUAGCUGCUAAACUGAGUCUCAAAAGCACAAAGAGCUGAAAUGAAAUGAGAAGGAACACUGCUUCUCCAACUUGCAUCAGUUCUAUGUAUUUUUCGAGGGUUGGGGUGUGGGGAAGAUAGCCACCUUUCCACCUCUUGCUGAACUGUGCAGCAAGCAAGGUUGGAAUUACUUGGGUUUUGCCCUCAAGGUGACCCCAGAAUUAAGUUCUCGAGACACCUUAAAACCCCCAUCUAAUCCUUGGGCAGAUCUUACAAUUUAUUUCCUAAUGGUGAGGUAUAUAGAAGGGUAAUGUAUAGGCAUCAACUGUAAGUCUGAGAGUUUUUCUUAUUGCAUAGCACUGGCUAUGUGGUAUGUGAUUAGAGACUUGGAAGCAUUCAUCUAUAAUGGAAAAAAAUAAUUGUGGCAUUUUGUUUGAGUGGGGCAGAGAGGCAACAUUCUUUCAAAAACCUGUUCUUCCUGCAGAGAUGAAAACAGGGCUGUUUCUACUUUCCUUUUUGUGCUUUCCAUAAUUUAUAUUUCAGCUGCUGGCAUAAAUUGCUAAGAUACCAAUAUUUAGACUCUUGAUAAAAUAGUUGGCAUUCCUGUAUGCAGCCUACUAGAGAGGCUAGCCUUUUCUGAUGGUUCAAGAGGCUGAAGUGGAAUCUGUUACAUGUGAUUUUGAAUAACAGACUUAAACUUUUCCCCAUUGUAACAGUUGAAAGGUUCUUGGGCCUGGUUCAUAUGUGCUAAAAUACUCCAUGUGGGGUGGCUGCAGCUACAUUGAGAAAUAAGUGAUACAUGAACCAGUACAGUCAUACCUCGGGUUAAAGUUGCUUCACGUUGAACGUUUUCAGGUUGCGCUCCGCGGCGACCCAGAAGUAAUGGAACGCAUUACUUAUGGGUUUCGCUGCAGACACUCAAAAUGAUGUCAUGCGCAGAAGCGGCAAAUUGCGAGAGGCGCUGACGCGAGUUGCGUUCUACUCAGAAUGCAAACGGGACUCCGGAACGGAUCCCGUUCGCAUCCAGAGGUACCACUGUACCUGUAGUAUUAUGUUGUUGCACAUCACCCCAGUCUCCACGCAGUAAAAGAUUCCAGUUGCUAGUGCUAAAUAUCCCAAGUUUGUAGCUUGAAGUUUUACUUUUAUUAAGUUGAAACAGAAGCUCUUUGGUUAGGUGUGGCUGUUGAUUCUGACCAUCAUGCAGAGAAGUUAAUGUAACGUGUUAAGUAGUAGAGUAGUCUGAAAUUGGCUUGUUUCAACAAACCCUAGUUAAGAUUAAGUACAGAUUGUCUAGGUUUGGGUGAUGCAGCAAGUUGUGGUUAAUAAAUAAUGGAAGCAAAAGCUUUGGCAUUUCUUGUGGCUCUGUCAGAGAGAGAGCAUGUAAACCCAGAGGGAUACUAGGCUCGUUUUUGUAACAGUAAACUGCGAUGUGACAUUAUGUCCAGGGUGGAUUUGAUUUAAAUCAAAUCAAUUUAAAUCAGUAGUCAGUAAGACUUGAUUUAAAUCCCUUUUUUACAGAAAGGUUCAACCUUGCUGGCAUCCUCUUAAUAUUGACAACCGGAGGAAGGUUUCAUUUUUGGAAUAAUAAAUUUUUACAGUUAUAUCAAAAAUUACUGAUUUGGUUAUACUAUUUGAAAUACAUAGACAGAUAAUUAUAAAAUUAUUGUGAGGUUUAAUAAGUUAACUGUUUAUAAUUGGACAACUUUUCUGCUAUACUUUAUUGGAAGGAGAAAAAUAACCAUUUUCUUAAUAAAAAUUUAAACAAUUUAUUUCACUAAAACAAUAACAUUAUAGCAUAUGGAUCCAAGUUUGUUAACUAACGUGGUUAAAUGAUUUUUUAAAUAAAAAACACACCAUAGACUGAGUUUUAGCACACAUAAAAACUUAAAACAAAUCCUUAUUUCCUGAUGAAUAGCCUUUGGCUAGAAUGUAACUUAAAUAGAAAAUUAUCUUUAGAAAGAUUUUUCCUCCAAAAGCAUUUUUUUAAAAAAAAUCCGAUUUAAUUUUUUUAAAAAUCUGAUUUUUUAAAAUAUAUAUAUAUACACAUUUAAUCAUUGAUUUUUAUCCGUCCUGAUUAUGUCUGAACCUAGCGCAGUGACUGACCCAAGUUCAGCUAGUUAGCUUCAUAGCUGAGAUCUGGAUCUCCUCAAUUCUAGUCUAACACCCACUGCACUGGCUUAUUUAUUGAACUCUGGAGCUGUCAGAAAUCACAACUUGUUCUGCAGUCUAACAGUCUACAGUAUAUACAGUGGUAUCUCGGUUUACGAACAUAAUCCGUUCCAGAAGUCUUAAACCGAAACAUGCUUUCCCUAAUGAGGCCUCCCACCACCAGUGCCCUUCCACCGUUCGGAUUCCAUUCUUAGACCUGGGUAAAGUUCGCAAACACUACUUCCAGUUUUGCGGAGUUCGUAAACCAAAUCAUUCUUAAACCAGACUGUUCGUAAACCGAGUUACCACUGUACUGUAAAUUCAAUGGUUUUCUUUUAAGCAGUGUUAGAAAUUAGCCAGGUGCGUUUUGCUACUGGCAUAGGUCCAAUUGUGACUACGUGGAGAUUUCUGAGUGCCAGGUUGGCGACCACAAUUUUAAAACCUCUGUCAUAGUUCAUAAUUACAGUGGUACCUCGAGUUACAGACGCUUCAAGUUACAGACUCCGCUAACCCAGAAAUAGUACCUCGGGUUAAGAACUUUGCUUCAGGAUGAAAACAGAAAUCGUGCGGCGGCAGCGGGAAGCCCCAUUAGCUAAAAUGGUACCUCAGGUUAAGAACAGUUUCAGGUUAGGAACAGAUCUCCGGAACAAAUUAAGUUCUUAACCCGAGGUACCAGUGUAAUACCUUUUCCCCUGUGCGUGUUUCUUCUUGCAUACAGGGACAAGUGAGUUGUUGUAAGAGCAAGCUACAGUCAAGCAAUGUAGUUGAGAUCGUAGAAUUGUAGCAUUGGAUCUGGCCCUCAAGGGUCAUCUAAUCUGACCCCCUGGCGAAUAGAUAUUUUGUUGAGGCGAAUGUAACCUAGAUUUAAGGUUUCAUCUGGCACCCAGCUUAUAUAUCUGAGUUUUUAACUCUGCUUUUAAGAGUAUUGCUUGAAGCAUGUGGGGAGUGAAAGUGUGGGGGCAGGGGCAUGGCUAGAAAUUUCUAUAGAAACCUCAUUCCAUUCAGCCUUUUAGAACAUCUAAAAUCUUACAAGCUGAACAGCUACUGUAGCAUGCUUGCUCAGUCAGGAUGCUUUUUGUAAUUUGCACUUAAAACAUUUUUCUGUGGCCUUCUUGCUGUGAAGGUGGUGUUUUGUCUGCAGCAGAUGCCAGCAGUAUGGUACAAUGCAUGUGUUGGCCUCUACUUGGUGAUAAUUUAUUAGCCAUAGUUCCCAUACACAUUUCCAGCAGCUACAUGGAUUGAAGAAGCAAUUUCCGCACUGCUGAACUAGCAAUUUCUCCUUUAAUCACUGCUAUGAUGUCACAGGCUCUGCUGCUUGAAAAAUGAGCUGACCAUGUCAUGGAUUUUAAAAGCAACUUGAAACAGGAACAGUAGCUUGCAAAAAUAAUUUUUUCACCCCAAGCCUCUUCAGAGAUCUCACCAAAAUACACUUUUUAUAUUUGUUAAACAUUGCACUAAUUUUAGGCUUCACUUGAAACAUUUCUAAUCCUCCAGAUGGUUUUGACAGAAAUAUCCUGAUUUGUAUUCCAGCCCAUUGUGAAUUUCGAAGCAUCCAGUUUAAAUUAUUAAUUUAAGUCAGAUUUUCUAUUUUGUAAUUCAUAUAUUUUCUGAACAAGCACUUUUGUUAACUAGUUGUUUGGACAGUGAAAACAUUGCACUUCAGCUAAGCAGUCAUUUAAUACUAGCUAGGAAUAUACAUGGAAAAAUAUGGAUACGCAGCAAAAAUGCAUUUUGCAUAUAGACUCAGCUGCUUUCACAAUUAUCCCAUUUCUCUUAGCAGUGGAUUUCUGUUUAGCUUCCUCUGGACUCAUGCCAAUCAGCUAUUUAAAGAUUAAGGCCAGGAUCGUGUGGUAAAGCACAUUUUCUAUACUGUGUAGAUUUGUAAAAGUAAUAUAUAUUUGUAGCUUUCCAUAAGAUUAACACACAUAAUUUGUUGUCAUGCUUUAUUUACCGUAUUUUUCCAUGUAUAAGAUGCCCCCUAUUUUUGGGGACUCAAAAUUAAGAAAAUGGGGGGAGAUUGCCCUCAUGUAUAAGACUUUUAAAACAUUUUUUUAGUAAAAAACAACAACCCUAGUUUUAUAUACAGAAAAAUACGGUAAUUUCGGAUAUUAUCUCCAAUGUUAAAUUAAAGGCUGUUUUUAAUGUGACUCUUAGAGUGUCGUGAAUUCAGUUAUAAGAUAUUAGGUUGGGGUUCCGCUGGUGUAAUGGGACUUUCAUUUUAUCUCUUCACCCUGCAAGCACCCCCAAAUCUGCUCCAGGGGGUACCUCAACCCCCUGGAGCUGAUUGUGAAAUUCCUUGCAUGCAUGGAAGCCUGUAGUGCCAGCAGAGCUGCAGUGCUGGAUAUGGCCCAUUGAAAGUUAAACUUCCUUAAAUGUUUGUAUUUGUGUUCCACUUUAAACCAGUGAUACUUAAUUUUUAAAAACUGUGACCAAACCCGAGUUCUCUUCCUUUAGAUCCUUCCUCUAAACUUACAUUUUCUUGAUGCCUUUGACUUGGUUAUUAAACAAAGAGCGAUAUUCAGCUAAAUUGUUGAGUACACAGAAUGAGGUCUGCUUGUGCAAUGGAACAUCCCCUCCCCUAAAUCUGCUGCAGAGGGUUGGGGGAAUCCAAAGAGCAAGUUUGGGGGGCAUUGUCGGAGGGAGGCAUGUUUCUUGAGUGGACCUCACUUUGUACAUGCAGACCCCAUUUAGCCCAACCUUGAAUUAUACUAUUAAUUUCCAACUAACACAAUCAAAGUACAGAAUCUCCAACAUUUCUCUGAAUAAAAUUGACACAUCCUAAGGAAAAGCUGGACUUCCUGGGAUUAAAUCAGAAACUGGGGUGGCUUCAAUAAAUCUGGUUUUAUCCCUGGAAAAUAGGGACAUUCAGAGGGUCUGAAAGUAUUUGCAUCUUUGUGCCUUCCUUAUUGUCUGUUCUACAGUGUAAAUACAUUGUGCUCCAGGAGCUAUUUUGUGCCUAUAAAGUUUUGUAAAGCACUUUAUUCAUUGUGUUAAUAAAACAGUGCUGCAUGGUGUCUCACAUUGAGGUUGCAGAUGAGAAGGGAUGUUGAUGACUUUCAGCAAAAGACAGCAUCUAUAAUGUGUUGAUUCUUAAAUUGCAAACUUAACCUUUCUGGUAAGAAUUGCUAUGUCUGAUAGAAGAAAAGGGAAUAACAAACCAAUUUCUGAAUUAUUUCAGUUUCUAGGCACAAAGAUGGAGACCCCAAUGCUGAAUUUACGGAAUAUAUUUGACCAACUGAUACGCCAAGCAGAAAUCCUAAGUGAAGGCAAUGAAUUACGUAAGUUGUCAUCUUUGUAGAUGUUGUGUAAGUGCAGAAAUCUAUAACCUAUUCGUAGGCUUUUUCCUGCCCUGUUAUUCAAGGAGUCUCUUAGAUGACUUGGUUGGAGUGAGAUUUUUUAAAUUUCUUAGAGCAGCCAGUUAAUAUGUUAAAUUACACUGGAAGCUUGAUGAUUGGGAUAAUGCCUUGCUUCUGUAGAAAACUGAUCUGCAUACCAGCUAGUGGGUUUUGUAGAAUGUGGUUUCUAGGCAACCAGGCAGAACAUGUGGUUAAAACAUUACAGUUCCAGUAGUUACCUUAUUUUAUCUGUUGUCUUAGGGAUGUGAUGUUACAUUGCCAUGUACUAUUGCAGGUCUCAAAGAGCCCAAGGGAAGUCUAGUGCUGUGUCACAGAGCAAUGACAUCCGUAAAUAAUAGUGGUGGAGGGGGCAUUGGCUGGAGGCAGGUUUGUCCAGUCUUCUAUAGAAGAUUGUAGCUUUGCAGGAUGGAACGUUUAUAUUCCCCUUAGGGCAGUGUUAAGCAGCUAAAGGAAAUUGGCUUUUUCCUUUUAAAUCAAUAUUUGUAUAAUUAUCUAGCUGAAUAGAGUUUCUGGCCCAGACAUCUAUAAUACCAAUCUACAUCUACUGAAGCAUAUUACAGCAGUUACAUUUAAAUUUUGCUUUUGAACGUCUUUCUGGUGUGCUAAUCUGUGACCAUAAAAUAAUCUGUUCUCAAGUUAAUUAUAGCUGCAGUUCUAUCCUUGGGUAUGACAACCGUCCGCAAGUUCAUAUAUUUAUUUAAGUUGCCUUAGCCACGUGUAUCUUCUAAGACACUAUGUCUUCAGUUGUUCUUAACAAGUUAUCUGACUGAGUAGCCCAAUAUAAAUCUUUUUAUCUUGAUAAAGGGGGAAACUGGCUUGAUUUGUGAUUAUAACUCUUGUGGCACCAUAAUUUGGAUGUUUAUUCAAAAGGAAGUCUCAGUGUGUGUAAGUUGUGAGAUCCUGUGCCUACAGUCUCUCUGUUCCGAAUAAUACCAGCACCUCUGUAUUGUAAAAUAGAAAUGAUUAGACUUCUGUUGCAGGGAUAUUUGAGGAAAUGCAAGAAAAUAGUCCUUUAUAAAUGAAUUCCAAUGUGUAUGCCCUUCACAGAGUUUAUCCAGCUGGCCAAGAACUUUGAAGAGCACAGAAGAAAGUGGCAGAAAAUGGAUCUUGAGUUGGCCAGGUACAAAGAUCUGCUGAUGAAAACAGAAACUGAACGUAGUGCCCUGGAUGUGAAGCUGAAACACGCCCGAAAUCAAGUGGAUGUGGAGAUUAAGCGAAGACAGCGAGCUGAAGCCGAAUGUGAAAAACUGGUGCAUAUAACAUUUCCUCAUUUAGUCUUAAUGAAGUAGAGUGACAGGCUUAGAGUGCAAUCCUAUCCAAGUCUACUUAGAAGUAAGUCCUAUGGAAUUCAGUGGGGCUUCCCCCCAGGUGAGCAAGAUUAGGAUUGUAACCAUCGAACAAAACAUAAAAGCCUUGACUGGGGGGUCAUCUAGUCCAGCAUCCUGUUUUCAAUAGUGACUGACGGAUUACCUCUGAAAAAACUAUCAGUACAUAAAGAAGACAGCAGCCCUCCCUUUUUAUGUGUUCCAAGCACAGUGUUCAGAUACAUACUUCCACUGAACAUGAAUUUAUUUCCGGGAGAAAAGCAUAGGGGUUUUCUAGUCACGGUGUAUAGUGCAACAAAUGCCCAGUUGCUGGUCACCUCUGUGAUAGCUUGUUCCAAGGAAGUGCUUCUGCUUCCAGGAUAUUGCAGGUUUUUUCCAGCAUGCCAACACAGCUUGUGAAAAUACGAUUGUGUUCUCUGCUUGUCAUUCAGUUUGGAGGGAUGGGGUGGCUUGGGUACUACAGGUUGCUAUUUGUUAGAACUCCAAAUAUUACAGAUGACAAAUGAUGCAACUUCCCAUUGUAUAUGCCAUAUUGUGAUACAGUGCUCAGCCUGUAAAGAGUGGACUACUAUGGCAGCUGAAAUGUGACUAAUUUCAAGAAAACAAGCCACUUGCCAGCUUCACUAUGGUCAAGUGAGCCUACGUAGGUGGUACUGAAACUUGAGUGUCACUUGUGGAUGGGCUCUCAUCCAUACGGUCUUUGGAUUGGGGCUUGUAAAACUAGACAGCAACAGCAAACAUAUGAUAGGGCAGACAGGCGAGUCAUUACUUGGAUGUGGUCACUUGCAACUCCCUGUCACUCCAUGUUUUCAGUCCUCUGUGCACUUGGCUAAACACUGUCUUGUAUUAGGCAAAAUUUAGCCAAGCCUGCACAUGGCUCAGGCAGGAAGGAAGAAGCCAAUUCCCCAUGAAUUCUAGUGCUACCUAAGUACUUGAGCAUUUUAGGUACUCCAGGGCUCAGAGGGCACGAGCUCUUGAAGUUUGGGAAGAGGGAACAAGCCACUGGUUCCUCACUUAUCUUUACUGUCUUGUGUGGAGGACAUCUACAGAGUGGGAAGUGAGAAAGAGUUUGCCCCAGCCUAGAGUAGCUGGAUUUGCCUGCUUGGUUUACUGCUGGAGAAUGCAUGCACUGUGACAGAGGCAUCAUCCAAUACUACAACUCUAGAAAGGGGGAAGAGAGGGCCCUGUUCUUAGCUGCCUUAUUGUUGUCCUUCAUUUACACAGGGCUGCAUUAUAAAGGCUACAUGCAAAUCUUUUUAUCAGCCUUCUAACCCAAGUCAGCAGUUUUUUAACCUUCUGUUAAAUCCAUCAUGGUGAGUUUAGGACUGUCUCGCAAGAGUGGUGCAUGCUCUGGUUAUCUCCCGCUUGGACUACUGCUCUACAUGGGGCUACCUUUGAAGGUGACCCAGAAACUACAAAUCCAGAAUGUGGCAGCUAGACUGGUGACUGGGAGUGGCCGCCAAGACCACAUAACACAGUCUUGAAAGACAUACAUUGGCUCCCAGUAUGUUUCCGAGCACAAUUCAAAGUGUUAUUGCUGACUUUUGAAGCCCUAAACGGCCUUGGCCCAGUAUACCUGAAGGAGCGUCUCCACCCCCAUCGUUCUACCAGGACACUAAGGUCCAGUGCCGAGGGCCUUCUGGCGGUUCCCUCGCUGUGAGAAGCCAAGUUACAAGGAACCAGGCAGGGGGCCUUCUCAGUAGUGGCACCUGCCCUGUGGAACACCCACCAGAUGUCAAAGAGAAAAACAACUACCAGACUUUUAGAAGAAAUCUAAAGGCAGCCCUGUUUGGGAAGUUUUUAAUGACUGAUAUUUUAAUGUAUUUGUAAUAUUUUGUUGGAAGCUGCCCAGAGUGGCUUGGGAAACCACUGGGGAGAUUGUUGUUGUUGUUGUUAUUAUUAUUACCCCGCCCAUUUGGCUAGGUUUCCCCAGCCACUCAGGGCGGCUUCCAACAAAAUGUUAAAAUACAAUAGUCUGUUAAACAUUAAAAACCUCCCUAAACAGGGCUGCCUUCAGAUGUCUUCUAAAAUAUGGUAGUUGUUUUUCUCUUUGACAUCUGGUGGGAGGGCGUAUGGAAACGUACUAGGAGCCAGUGUAGGCCUUUCAAGACUGGUGUUAUGUGGUCUCGGCGGCUACUCCCAGUCACCAGUCUAGCUGCCGCAUUCUGGAUUAGUUGUAGUUUCCAGGUCACCUUCAAAGGUAGCCCCACAUAGAGCACAUUGCAGUAGUCCCAGCAAGAGAUAACUAGAGCAUGCACCACUCUGGUGAGACAGUCCAUGGGCAGGUAGGGUCUCAGCCUCCGUACCAGAUGGAGCUGGUAAACAGCUGCCCUGGACACAGAAUUGACCUCUAUGGACAGCUGUGAGUCCAAAAUGACUCCCAGGCUGCGCACCUGGUCCUUCAGGGGCACAGUUACCCCAUUCAGGAGUGCUCCACACCUGCCCGCCUCCUGUCCCCCCAAAACAGUAAUAAAAUAAUUUAUUAUUAUUAUUAUGAAAAAGAUUAUUUACUCCAUCCCUUGGCAGAUGAGAAUUGUUCAUUCUUGGCCUCUUGCAGAAGUCCCUUCCUCUGCUUGCAAAAAGAAGCUCAAUAUGGUAGAAACUAUUGUUAUUUGCAAAUAGAAUUGGGCGAAUUGCUUUAUGGCUCAAAGAAAUCUAUUUGGAGUACCUUAUCUUUUUACACUGGGUAGCAAUUUGAUCUAGCUAAAUCUUUGUGCUGCUGCUUUAAACUAAGCUGAUUUGAGAGACAGGUGCAGAUCUCUUUAUAGAUAUUAAUAUGUUGGUAGUGUAGCAGCCUUCUUCAUGAGGCUUUGUGUAUUAUGGACUGUCAUGUAAAUGCAAAGCAAGACUAUUUUUGAUGUUUCCUAACUUGCAGGAGCGACAGAUCCAGCUGAUCAAAGAGCUGCUUAUGUGUGAUUCAUCGGGGAGUAUUCAGCUGAGUGAAGAACAGAAAUCAGCACUGGCCUUCCUAAACAAGCCUCAUACUUCUAUGGGAGGGAAUAAAAGGUCAGCUGCUGAGAUAUUACCUUUGCUGGAGGGUGCCCCUUUGGUGGGCUGGGUUGUAAAGAAGGUAGAUGUGACAACCUGAUUUUAUUUCGCUGGGGCUAGGAACAUGUUUUCCAGACCCCUGGAAACCUUGUAUGGGGCCAGAAAAUGUACAGAACAAUCCAAACCCUCGACCCCUCAAGGGAACUUGGAUGGAGUGGAAGUGUUUCUCUGCAAGCCCCACGGGAGCUCCACUGUUAGCAGGAAAAAUAGAGCAACUCAAUGGGUGCCCACCCAAACAUUGGUUGGAGGCCACCAUCUCUUCCAACAGCAGGCAGAGGAAAUCCCAGUAGUGGCAGUGCUGGCACAGGAAUUGCUUGAUCCUGCGUAGACCCUGCUGCCGUCACAUGGCAGUAGUGGCCCUCGUCCAAGCCUCAUUGUGCCGGCCUGGGAGUAGGCACAGUAAAGAGCCAUUCCUUUUGCCGUGGCCUUUGUGGGCAGUGCAACUGGGAGUGUGGCUCUGGCUGCCAGCUGGGAGUUAGGAUUUGGCCUUAGACUUGUUCACACAGAAGAAAAUAAUUUUAAGACCUCCCUUGUUUAGUCCUAACACAAUUUGUUCAGUGCACUCACAAAUUGUGUUAGGAGGGCUAAACAGAUGUUAUCUUAAAAUGACCAUCUUCUGUCUAAACAAGUCUAAAGCCAAAUCCUAACUUAAUUGCAUCUAAAACAUCUGUAUAGAAGUCUCUGAAAAGGUAAGAACCACACCUGUUGUUUCAUCCACUUUUGCCUCUUGUCUCGGCUACCACUGACAUGUGGCCCUCGGUAGGUUGCCGAAAAAGGAAUUCAGCCCUUGAACUUAAAGUGUUUCCCCAUCCUUGGCUUAGAAGCUACUCUUUAGAAUACCAGGGCUCUGCAAAUUGUUCCAGGAAACACUGUUUCUUGGCAGAGAAUAUGGGGGUGGGGCGCGUGUAGUAUUGUUUCAGGUUGUAGCUAUAAUCCUACUUCUUGUUUAAAGGUUUUUUCUGUGAUGUAGCAAUGUUAAGCUGAAUGUCAAUAAUUCUGUCUCUACAUAAGUAAUUAACCUAAAGGUAGGGACAGUUCAGCAAUACUUCUUUCAGCAACUGACCUAGUUCUAAACAGUCAUAUUUCUUGUCUGGCAAAGGUUAUUUAUCCGAAUCCAGUAGAUAUUGAAAGGGUUCUUAUUUCUUUUUGGUACUAUUAAGCAUAUAUUUCUGCUCUGUGCAUCAGUAAAUGAAAUUUAAUACUUCAGAACUGCAAGGAAUUGCAGAGGAAGACUCUGAUUUAUAACAGUACUUGAACCAAUAUUUAUAUAUUAAAGUUGUAUGAUUUUGCUGAGAAUGUUGAGAUGCAGCCAAUUAGGCUCUCAUGUCUAAACAGAAAAGGACUAUAUAGGAAAAGGUAGAAGACAUCAGACAUACUUACCUUAAUUAUAGAAUGAUCAAAUAAUGUAAUGUAAUUUGAACAGUCCUCAUUACGCAGACUCAAACGAUAGUCUAGAUUAGAAAAAAUCCUGAAUGUCGAUACUACUUGUAUUAAGCUUCCCUACUUACCUGUGUUUAUAAACUUAUGCACUAUGUGCAUUCUUUGAUAGAUGCCACCGUUAUUAUUAGUCUUCUGCAGCAGAUAAAGACACAUUUCUGACCAGAGCAAAUGAUGCCUUGAAGAUACAGGUUUUUAAAUAACUUGUUCUUCUGGUCAAGGGUUGGAGUGAUAGGGCUCAUAAACGAAGCAGAAUGGUGGAGAGGGAAAGGCAUAAGCAUGGAAAAACGGGCAAGGGAAUGAGUAAUACCAAUAAUUGGCAGCCAUGUAGAACAUCAAUAUAACCAUUCCAAAGCUCUGGUUUAAUUUCUGAACUUUCAGUAGAGAUCCACAAGUUGCUAAGAGAAUUUAUCUCUGAUUUAUAAGGGUGGGCGAAUUAGAAUCAUAUUUUCUUUUCCUUUUUUAACUGUAAGCUGGCAUUCUCAGAAUUGAAAAUUAUGCACCAGAUGCAUCAGUUUCAUGUAUGAGCAUGGGUUGCAUAGCUCUGCAUGCUAAAAGAAUCCAAAUUCUUCAAAUAGAAUGGAUUAUACCAAUAACCACAUUCCUCUUACUAUUGCAAUCUCCUUUCAGGAGCCUGUUGCUUUUUUUUUUUUAUUCUUUCGCAAAGAUUACGGGACUGGAGGGGAAGAAAGGAUAUGGCAAUUAGAGACCCCUGUGCUGUUAAGCACUUCUAAGCCCCACUGAUUGUACAGGAGAGUAUUAAGAGACAAGCUUAACUUUCUCCAUUGAACCAAUGAGAUUUAGAUGUGCUUAACUCUAGCUGUUUAUAUUAUAUAAAAAAAUGUGCAACUCUUUAGUAUACUAAUUUCUUAUAUACCAGAUAUUAUACCCUAUGUUUGUAUUAUAUAGGGAUGCAGGUGGCGUUGUGGUCUAAACCACUGAGCCUCUUGGGCUUGCUGAUCGGAAGAUCGGUGAUUCAAAACCACGCAAUGGGGUGAGCUCCCGUUGCUCUGUCCCAGCUCCUGCCAACCUAGCAGUUCGAAAGCAUGCCAGUGCAAGUAAAUAAAUAGGUACUGAUAUGGCAGGAAGGUAAACGGCGUUUCUGUGUGCUCUGGCUUCCAUCACAAUGUCCCGUUGCACAAGAAGUGGUUUAGUCAUGAUGGCCACAUGACUUGGAAAGCUGUCUGUGGACAAACACCAGCUCCCUCAGCCUGAAAAGCGAGAUGAGCGCCACAACCCCAUAGUCACCUUUGCCUGGACUUAACUGUCCAGGGGGUCCUUUACCCUUUACCUGUGUUUGUGUAGCGAAGUUGCAUAUGUAUUGAUUACAUAUAAUUAGGAAUGUGCCGAGCUAGACUUCUUUCAGAGUCUGCCUGCCUUCAAAUACUAAGUAAUUGAGCUAGUAAUCAUAAGGCCUUGACAAGGGUGUUAUCUGGAAGAAUGUUACAUGCAUAUGUGUGAUUUUUACAUUUCUUCUUCUUCUUGUAUUUAGAUUAUCUACAAUAGAUGAAUCUGGUUCAAUUUUAUCAGACAUCAGUUUUGACAAGACCGAUGAAUCGCUGGUAAUGUUACCAUGAUCUGCCUUUCUUGUUCUCUCCUUGAAUGAUGUAGAAAUAGGACCGUGUGUAAAGAGAAGUGUGGUGAUCAUGUGAACUAUCUUUGUCUGUACUUCUGUAUUAACCUUUUGCUCCUAGAUUCCAUUCAGUGCUAUACCAAAUAGUUUUGCGGUCUAGCAGGUCAUAAGAGUCAUAGAUUUAGUAACAUAAAUUGAGGAUAAAACCAAACAAACAACACAUAGAAAUUUGCUGCCUUCAUAAUGCCAAUCAGAUUUUUCUUGUAUCUUCAGGAAUGGGAUUCCACAGUGGUAAAGACUGUCAAACUGAAGAAAAGAGAGAAAAGGGUAUGUACUUUUCCCUUUACUGACUUGUAAUGGUCUAAUGCAAAAAUGAGUUGUGUGUGUGUGUUCGUUCACACAGGUUUCAAUUCUCCAUUGGUAUCCAUAUGCAUAUUCACUACUUCACUUAGGUGUCUUGGUAUCAAGUGGCAAUAGUUACAAAUGGUCAAACUGGCAAAUAUUUUCUAAACUCCUUGAGUGUGAACUUUUAAAGUGUACAUCAAUAUACAUAUGCAAUAAUUUGUCCUCUUUUUUUAACGCACAUGAUGGAUAGAUUUCCUAGUCAAGUGUGUGCUUCCCUUAUGUCAGCAAUACAAACAGCCUUUCCAGGCUGGCAUAAUCUAGAGAGCCACUUAAAUUUCAAGAUGUAUUCCUCUGAGCUGCUUGUUUCAAACCUGGAAUUUUCUUUUGAAAUGCUUUAAUGCCUUGUACAAGGGCUUUGAGAUCAAGUAGGACAGAUCUGAAGACAGUUUCAUGACAUCAACGAUAGAAGUUACAAUUUCCGUCUCAUUUUGGCUUGCAGGAUAGCACAGCUGAAACUUUGAGUUCUGCUUCAUAUAUACUAGUGGGGGGUGGGGGUGGAAUCCUAAAGCAGAGUGUGUCAUUUCUUCCUCCCUUCCCAUUCAAUUCUCUUCACUUUCGUCUGGUUACUAGGUGAGAAGUGUAUCUUCUUGGCAUAUCUCAAGCGGGAAAGGGCACUUCAGAAAGGUUUACUUAAAAUUCUACGCAGAUCAUUUCAAGAAUAUCGCAUCUCUUGUAAAUACAGAUAUAUAUAACAUCAUUUAGUGUCUUGAGUAUUCCAAUAGAAUGCAUUUUCUGCUUUCUCAAAAAUUCUGUAGUGUUUUGACCCAAACAUGGUAUUGCAAUUUUUUCUUUACAGCGCUCAUCCAGACAGUUUAUAGAAGGCCCACCAGGUUGUUUAAAGAAAACUCGUUCCAUUGGUUCUACCGUGGACCAGGUAUGCAACUUUGCAUAGUUUAUAUAACCUUCCUUUUGACAGAAGUGCCUGUGGAUUUUGGGAUAGGUGGAGUGGUGCUUAGUAUUAUACAUUACUUUACGACAUAACAUGUACCACCCAGAGUGCAAUGUAGAUGAUAUGACUGCUUCUCCAUACCCAAAAUGAAAGGUGGAGAAAUGUUGUUGACCCUGAUCAGGUGGCAAAUCUCCAACUCUGUGCUAUCGUACAAAUUCAUUGCACAGUGGGAAUGAUCAGCACAAUUGGCACCUCAACAUCUAUACAGAGUGUAUCAAAUAUUGUGUGGGUCAACAUCUACUUUUUAUGAACUCACGGUUCAAGUCUUAAUAUAGAGCCCUAUCUGAUAUUGCAGCCAUUUGGCUAUUUACAUUGUCAUUUAUUGUAUUGUAUUGUGUUUUCCCUGCAGAAAAGCUCUGAGUGGCUUAUGUGGUGCUCUGAAUAGUUUCCCAGACAAUAGUCCACAUUCGCUUAACAUCAGAAUAGCGCUGCAUUGUGUGCUCCCAGAUACAUCAUUCAGUGGAUCUACCUUUCGAUGGCACACUUUGUGAAUGACUUGUGUAUUCUGUUCUUAGAAAAUCCUGUAAAUGAUAAAACAUCAGAUGUAAGAAGGUUGCUGAUCAAGAUGCCAGUCAUAUGUAGGAGUCAUCCAUGCACUACCAUGCCUGGGCAUAUUUUCAUUUUAUCUGGUUGGAGCAGGAUAUAGCAGUAAUAUAAAGUGUCCAACUACAAUCUAGUGGCCAGCUCCUCACUUUCACUGUGGAUGCCUUUAUUUUGAAGCCAAGAUUUUCAUAUGCUGAGUAGGUGCUCAAGGCUGCACCAUUAACAUGGAUAACAGGUUGCAUAUGCUCGGGUAAAGAGAGAUUCUUAUAUAUGACCCUUAGGUGCAUCUUGCACCCGUUAAUCUCUUGGCUGUCUCAUUUCAGGGAAAUGAAUCAAUAGUUGCAAAAACGACUCUCACAGUGCCUAAUGAUGGAGGCCCAAUUGAAGCAAUCGCCACUAUUGAAACUGUACCUUGCUAUAUUGCAGACCGUAGAAAGGCAGGUAAGUGCCUGCUUUCAGAUUAUUACUUGCAUUUCAAAUUUAAUACUGUGACUUCCCUGUAACCACAGCCGUUAAUCCAUUUUGCAGCCAGAAGGUUGCUGAUACAAGUGAGAGUCAUUUUCUGUGACUAAGCACUGCAGAGGAUACUGUUGGCUGCCGAAGUUCAACAGGAAAUGGCAGCACAUAUUUGAAUUAUGUUUCAAAUCUGUUAUGGAUAAACUAAGAGCAUACUUUCCUCUGUCACUCUUAUACUGCAUAGUUUUAUUCCAUUUCGUAUUUUAUAAUAUAGAGGAGGGGAAAACACUCCUGAAACAUUUUAUCUGUUCUGCUUAAAUCCAUCCCACACAUCUGUUUCUAUUUCUACUGUAAGAAGGAUUAAGGAGGUACACUGAAAGCUGACCGCCAAAUAUCCCUCCCUCUCAAGCCUGAGCUGCUGUGAUGGGAAAAGGAUCUAAAUGUAACCCUUGUGUGUGUUUAAAGUGAAAUCGUCAUUAUUUUAAUACAAAAAAUAGGAAAGAUGAGACAAAAUUGGAUAUCUUGAAACUUCUUUCUAGUUGCAUUAGCUUGCAACUAGAGUAGUGGUAGCUUUUGUGAGAAAUGGUAUAUUUACCCGCUUCUAAAUUGGGGGUCCCUAUUCUCCCCCUGAAACCUAUUUCAAAGGCAGAAUCUGUAAAAUGACUGUGACUUGUCUCCUCCCAAGCCAUUCUACAACCUUGGAGCAGUGAUUCAAGCCUGGGAAGCAGGAAGCAGGAAAACAAAUCUGAAACAGAUGGAUCUAGCACUCCUGGGAACACUGGGAUGAGGCUACAUGAAUUUGUAUCAAAAACGGUGAGCAAGCAGGCAAUGAUCAGCCUGUGUGAAUUCCUCUUUUGUUAUUUUUAGCAGGUUUAUUAGUGCUGGGCAGGGUACCAGUUUGUGGACCCUUUUCAAAGUGUUGGCUUUGUCUUUUUCAAAGCCCUAAAUAUUUUGAGCCCAGAAUACUUGACAAAUACUUGACAAACACCUCUUUAGAUGUGAACCUCUCCUCUUCUCCCUGGGGUUCCUGGGAACCUGAGUACCAUCAUCUUUUGAGGUAAGCAGGACAUCUGCGUUGGUACCCUUUAGCACAAUGCAAACAUAUUUAAUCAAUUGUUGCUGUAAUCUUUUAAGAUACCAAGCAUACAGUGAAAUCAUGGCUUAGCUAACUGAGCCCAGCCCAGGGAUGCAUGUUUAGGGAGACAUUAGCAAAUUCUGUCUGACAUCUCGUAAGCAGAGUAGAGAAACUGUUUUAAAUCUGGCUUGCCCAUGAAGCCUGCAAUUGCAAUGAGACUAUUGUGUUGUGCAAAGUAGCUCCCUAGCUGCUGCAUCAUAGCUGCCAGUGUACCCACUUACCUGCCCAGAGUGGCUCAUAUGUCAAGCUUACUGAGUCAGAAGUUGCAUUCAAAGCCUUCUUGCUCAUGAAGGCAUUUGACUGACUGACUCAUGUUGCUGCUGUGGUUUGCACUUGCUGUUCUUAACCAGAAUGAUAUUAUGUUUUUCUAGAUUGACUUUUAUGUCAGUUUUGGUGAUUAGCAGUUUUGAGAGCCUCUCUAGCUGACUGGUGGGGUGAUAUUCAAAUGAAUAAGCUACUGAUUUGGAUAAGGGUCCUUAUCUGGACUAAAUAUAUUUCAGUGCUUAUUUCAGAUCAAGCUGUUCCUAACAUGUGUAGUCUCUCUCCAGGUUAUUAAACCCGAGUCGUGUGUUCCAUGUGGCAAGCGGAUAAAGUUUGGGAAAGUGGCCUUGAAGUGCCGAGACUGUCGGGUAGUGACACACCCAGAAUGUCGAGAUCGCUGCCCCUUGCCCUGCAUCCCUACCUUGGCAGGAACCCCUGUCAGAAUUGGAGAGGUAUGCUUCUGUAUGUGCAGUAUCUUCAGUGGCCUACAACUGAAAAGUUUUCUGUUGAAUCUAAAGAACAAAAUGGUUUUUUUUAAAUUUAUACUUAUUUGUCACUUCUUACACAAAGAGUAUCCCAAAGUGACUUGCAGCAUACUUAAACAUGCUUCUCCAGGAACAUUUUUAAACUUACAAAUCUUACUCAACCUAUUGAAAGAAUACAUACCGUAUUUUUCGCACCUGACCAUAAGACGCACCUAGUUUUUAGAGGGGGAAUGCAAGAAAAAAUUUUUUUAAAGGGAGUGCCGAGCAGAGCCUGUCUGCAUCCCAGGCUCUGCUCAGCUCUCCCUUUCACGAGCCGCGAGGAGCUUGUGUGCAGCGCUUGCAGGCUUUUCCCCAAGAGCCGCACACGCUCCACAUGGCUCUUUAAAGGGAGCGCGGCCUUUGGGGUUUUUUCUGGGAGGUGGGGGAAGGGACAGAGCUGUGCCCCACCCCCCAAAAGCCAGGGAUAGCCCCGCAAAGCCUUUGCAGGGCACGGGGAUGAAGGCUCCCUGUGCCCUGCGGAGGCUUCACACAAAGCUAGAACAGCUAGAGGGCCAGUGAUUUAAAGAAAGUCUAAAGCUGUAUGCUUCCUAUUAGUAACUUUAGGAUUAUGUACAAACAUAAGGUUUCCAUGCUGCUUUGGGGUGCUUGUACCUAGCCAGAUGUAAAGUGAAAGAUGAGCAGAACAAAAUAACUGCUAACAAUGUCUGCCACCUUUUCCCUAAAGGAACCAGGAGUUAACAGCUGCUCAGUUAGAUCUUAUCAUUUUUUGUGCAUGCCUAGGGUUUUUCAGAAAGGUCUUGGGGAUGUUAUCUUUAGAUUAUGCAGUUUUAAGUAAUGUGGGAAAAAGAAUGUGAUGUCUCUGUGGUAGAAUCUUUGUUACACCUGUGCUAUUAACAAGCACACAUCCUUCACACCAGCCAGAAAAUGUAUGAUGUUUCUCCAAGCAUUUCUAGUGUCUCCACCACUAACAAUUUCACAGGUUUAUACUCAUAUUUCUUCAUAUUUGUACUAUGAUCUAUAACAGAAUUCAAUAGUAGGAUUUGCACUUGAGAUUUUGAUUGUGGCACUUGGUUGCAAAAAUCAGUUUAAAGCAAUUUUGCUCCCUAUUUUCCUGGAGUGCAGUUAUGAGCUGUUUUCCAUCAAGGAUUCUGUAGGUAGGUUAUGGUCAAGUUGUCUGUUGGAAGACCUGAAACCUGUGCCUUUGUCCUCUUAAAGAAUCUUUCUUCUGUGAGACUUCUAGUGAGUAGGGUAUGGAUGGAAAAUCACUGUGUUCCUCUUUUUCAGGGAGUGCUAAUGGAUUUUGUAUCUCUGACGCCUCCCAUGAUCCCCUCUAUCAUAGUUCACUGUGUGAAUGAGAUUGAGCAGCGAGGGCUGCAUGAGGUAAGAACUUGAAAAGUGUGCAUCAUCUUGUUUAUGCUAUUUGGAAUGAAGAGAAUUAUAUACUGUCUACCUUUUGGGGCCCUAUGAGAGUUUGCAGCCAUUGAAGUAAAAAAAUGUUUGUGCUGUUAUUAAGAUCAUACCCUUAUGCACUGGGAGAUGGGGUCCACCAAAGCUAAAAACUUUGAACAUAGGUUAACAUACUGUUCUUUCAACAGACAGGCCUCUACCGAAUUUCUGGUUGUGAUCGUACAGUGAAAGAUUUGAAGGAAAAGUUCCUUCGAGGGAAGACUGUGCCCCUGCUUAGCAAGGUGGAAGAUAUCCAUGCUGUGUGUGGUCUCCUGAAAGACUUCCUCCGCAACCUGAAGGAGCCUCUCCUCACCUUCCGUCUCAACAGGGCUUUUAUGGAGGCAGCAGGUAAGAAUUAUGGCUGUCCCAAGUGAUAUGGGCAUUUCUUCAAUGCGCAAGCUUACAAAACACUGGCUCCCUGUCUUUCAUCAUACGGAGUCAUCCCCUAUCACAAGGAAGAUAACUAUUUGAUUCUCUGUUGUUGCACCAGCGACAAACAGAAAUAUAUUUUACAGCUGAUAUUGAUGGUUGGAUAGUGGAACUCUUAGAACUGGCUUUUAAGAGUGAGUAACAGGCACAAAUGAACUAUUUGCCUAAAUGUAAUGCCAUUCUGGACUUAUUUGAUUAUUGAUUACAAUAUUUCCCCCAAACAGCAGCUGCUAUGACCUGGUACUAGCUGGUACUCCUAGCCUAGUUGACACAACCAUCCUCCUACACACCACUUUCCAUCUCUUGUUUCACUUGCCUUCUGUUUUUUGAUAACCACCUACUUGUCUGACUGAAAAUCCAGUAAGAAAACCUCCUACUUGUCUGACUGAAAAUCUAUUUUAAAUAACAGGCCCUUAAGACUAUAACAAUAAGGACAUAAUUACAUUAUUAGAAGCCUCUUUUCUUACCAACGGUGUUAUGUCACCCAAAGGGAUGAUACCCAUUUUUCAAUGAAGCUCUUCCCUCUCAUUUUAGUGUGCUAAUUCUUCUCCAUUUGUUUCACUCUUUAUUGUGUGUAAUGAAAAACCUUAAUACAAUACUAAUAGGAAAGCAAUAGACUAUGUUGCAAGGAGCACUUUUAUAUCUGCUCUGUUGCAAACUACCUUUUUUAAAAAUCCCCCAACAGAAACCCUGGUAUUGCAGCAAGUCUUCAAAUAUAAGUUGAUGGGUUCAUUUAGCUCCUAGCACAGUUCAGCACACAUAAACUAGGCUGGACCUAUGCGUGCUGCCCUCGUUGGGAUAGUGUCAUAGAGUAGUUUGACUCCCCUAAUAAUUUUCCCAUGCAUCAUGUUGAGCACUAGGCGACACAUAGCAGAUAGGUUUUUCUGUCUCAUUUGUCUUUGUUCUGUAGAUGUUACAGUAGUCGGGAAAAUUCCAAUUGAGUUGCCUAUUUCAAUAAAUCUUCCCUUUCCCAAUAUUGAGAUGGGACAUUCUACUGAUUUGAUAGUGAUGGUAACUCCUGUUGCUUUGUAUUUGUGUUAUUAAACACAUGAGACACAACUUGUGUCCUGUCUCUUAAUGAAACCCUAUUGAUAUGUUGAAAGCAGUCAUAGAAAUGCUAUUUGUUUUGUUUUGUUUAAAGAAAUAGUUGAUGAAGACAAUAGUGUGGCAGCCAUGUAUCAAACAGUUGGGGAGCUGCCGCAGGCUAACCGAGACACUCUGGCUUUCCUUAUGAUACACCUCCAGAGGUGAGUCCAGUUGGGAUAUAGAUUCUGGAAGAGUUAGUGUGGAAAAAAUGAUAUAAUUCUGUUGGCGUGGGGGAAUGAGUUAAUAAACCAAUGAUCAAUGGGCUUGUGAACCAAGAAGAAUGGCAGGCUUGCUUUACACAAAUGCUCUGUCUCUUUGUCUAGAGUGGCCCAAAGUCCAGAUACAAAAAUGGAUGUCUCCAACUUGUCCAAGGUCUUUGGACCUACAAUUGUUGGUCAUGCUGUGCCAGAUCCUGAACCCAUGACACUACUCCAGGAUACAAAAAGGCAACCCAAGGUAGGUCAGCAGUGUAAAUUGAGGCAGAAUGUGAACUUUUGGCAGCCAAAAUGUAUCGAUUGCAUUGCUGGUAUUUGUCUAUGCUGUUCUGAAAGAGGAGUGAGUCACAUGCCAGUGUGCUUCUGUAGGUGGUGGAGCGGCUGAUCUGCUUGCCUGUGGAAUAUUGGAGUCAGUUCAUGAUGGUGGAACAGGAAAACAUUGAACCAGCACAUAUCAUUGAAAACUCAAAUGCCUACUCCACACCCUGCACACCAGAUGUUAAAGGUAACCAUGCCCUAUUUAAUGGCUACCUAUUGGGAAUUAAAAGAAAAAUGGUCCUUUCAACAAACAACCUAGCCUUUUCAUUUCUUAGUGCCAGAUAUUGGUUUUAAUCAUUAUUCAGGCUGUUGUGCUAAUGUUACCUUUUGUCCAUUUAACUCCUGCCGACAAUCCCCUUUUCUUCAAUUCAUUCUUGGUCAUCCCUGCAGUGCUAAAACUUGAGGCUGCAUCAUCCUAAAUUCAUAUUCCUGGAGCAAAAAGCUACAGUGUGUGAUUAGAUAUGCCUCAGAAUGUGGUGCUCCUGCCAGAAAUGGCAACUUCCUGUUGAAUUCACUCUCCUCUUGCCUGCAACAUUCUGUAAGGGAAAACUGCAUUUCCGUGCAUUCUGGCUUCCGUCACAGUGUCCUGUUGCGCCAGAAGCAGUUUAGUCCUGCUGGCCACAUGAUGCAGAAAGCUAGCUGUGGACAAACGCCGGCUCCCUCGGCCUGAAAAGCGAGAUAAGCGCCACACCCCAUAGUUGCCUUUAACUGGACUUAACUGUCCAGGAGUCCUUUACCUUGCCUUUUAUAGAUUACUGUAAGGGAAAUUCAUAGCAGCAUCAUAUUGCACUUUUCCCUGUUUGCUGGCAGCCAGUGCUGAGAAGCAGAUCCCAACACUAUCACAUUAUGCAUUUCUGUUGCAGUGCAUUGUAGGGGUGGCCAGCGUGGUGCUUUCCAGAUGUUGUUUGGCUACAAUUCUCAUCCCAGACAGUUGGCCGUACGGAUGUGAGUUGGAGUCCAAUAUAUGAAAGAUUGGCCGUGCAUUAAACAGAGCAGGGUUUGACAUGGGGUUGCCAUUUCCAGAGACAACACUCUUUUUUUACAUUCUGGGACUGUGUUUGAUUAGGAGAACCGGUUACGCUACUUGAAUCUGCAUAAACUGUGCUUCGUUGUUGCAAGAGCUGAAAUUCUUCGGCAGAAAAACGCAUCGCAUUGGUGGGCUGUUGGGAACGUACAGUAUUCCUUAGUGGCAGCCUGAACAGUAGGAUGUGUAUACUUGUGCCUCAUUCUUUUCAACCCUAAAGAGGGUGACUUCACCCCCUCAUGAACUGGGCAAUAGCAACCAGAAUGAGAAAUGCUGCCUCUUAAAAUUGUUUAUUAUUAGUUCCUUCAGAAUGUUCACAAGUACGUCUCUAAGGCCGAAACUACUUUAUCUGAGAUAAGAUAUUGCUGAUUAAGAAUGCUAACUACGGUGCUAUGCUUGUGUCUUCUUGCUUCAAAGUGAGCAUGUUGGGACCACUCACCACUCCAGAGCAACAAAUGGUUAAGACCCCUUCAAGCAGUUCGCUCUCCCAGAGGGUCAGGUCUACAUUCAGCAAAAACACACCCAAGUAAGUUGGGCCGUUGCUUCCUUGACCUAGCAGACAGCAUUUUCCUCCCACGUUAGAAAGGGCUCCAGGACUCUAGCAGCGUCACUGUAGCCAUCAGUUUAGCUCGGCAGUAGGCAGAAAGUAUUGUUGCUGAGGAGUUCUGUGGCUUGUUUCAAGCAGAUGACGGGGUGGUCUGGAAUCAGACAAAACAAGCUGGCAAUGAGUAAAACAAAGUGAACAGUUGAUCCAUGUCUAGAGUGUAAUGUUCUGAAAGAACCACCACUUGCCUUCAAGCAAAGUUGACUGCAAUGCUUGAGGCUGCUCAUAAGGGAGCGAUGGUAUUUGGCUUGGGUACGGGUCUUGAACAUGAGGCGGGGUACCACAGCUGCUCUCCCGUGCAUCUGCCUCUAGCUAGUUUUGCUGUAGCUAGGAAAAGGCAAAAUAGCUCAGUUGCUAGGGAACUGCAAUUCACAAUCCCAUUUGUUCCAACUUCAUCAAAGUGGCCAGCCUGGAGGUAAUCAUGACUCCUGGAGACUGCUGCAUACCCUGAAAUGUUGGCAACAUCACUUGGGUGGGGUUGGGGCGAGAAAGCAAUAUAUGUAAAGAAGAUUUUUACUUGUACUAAUCUUGUCUUGGGCUGUAUCUGCUCAAGUACUUUGAAAAUCUGCGGAAUUUCCAUUGGGCAUUUUCAGCAUUAAUGGCAUAUGAGUUAUUUGUUAAGUGCUCAACAAAAGUGAAAAUGUGGGUGCAGAAACAGUCAUUGUUUGCUCAAACAUGUUCAUCCACCAAAGCAAAUGCUAGGACACUGAAAACCAUUUCAUGCCGAGUCUCUCCCUUUCUUUUUCCCUAGAUUUGCCAGCAAAAGCAAAUCUGCAACCAGCAUUGGACGCCAGGGUAAUUUCUUUGCCUCUCCAAUGCUGAAAUGAAGCAUGGUUUCAUACUGAACAUCAUCCUGCAGUCCGAUUAUGAACAGCUGCAAUAAAAUCUGAAAUUGUUCCUUCGCUUGUUCCCAGCAACAUUGUGUACUAGGAUCAACUGUAUACCAUUUUCAGUUAAGAGACUAUUUUUAUUCUGCAGUGUAUAGUAUCUAUUGCCAUAUUACAUUUAUGAGAAAUAACUGGCAAACCCCUAUAUAGGGAAACUGCAAAAAGUUCUUUUUUAAAUGUUUUCUGUAGCUCGGAUAUUAUCUCCACCUGUUCAAAGCACCCCAUUCUUGUUUCAGUUGUGCAUUGUUGUUGGAAAUGAUACAUUUUUGCACCAGCAGUAAUCUUCCUUGUUUCAAAGAACUGUGCAUGUUGAACUUUCCUGGUUAGUCUUUUUAAGUGAUUUUUAAGUAAGUAAACUCAGAAGUUGGUUACGUGAAAAAUGGAAACCCAGUGUUCCAUAGUGCAUUCUUGAGCUUCUUCCUUGUGCACCAGAGGAGGGCACAGAGUAAACAAUAGGAUACUGAAUUGAGCAUCUUAAUCUUCACCUGCAACCUUUCAGAAACCUGGCUUGAAUUAUUUUAACUGCCUAGAUUGCUGAUAAAAGCAUGUGUUAAGUGUGGAAACGUUUUAGUCAUGUUGUAGCCAUAGCAGUUUGGUUUUACCCUUAUAUUUAUUUUCUGUAAAAUCCUGGGUUUUUAGCAGGAUACUUAAUGGAUAGAAGAUGAACAUAUUGUUUGUUUGUGAGAUGCAGUGGAAGACUCAACCAGUUUAGUUUUUCCCACAAAGGUUUGUCUUACCAACACUUGUAAAUACACCACUGAUUUUGCAAGAGUGUCUUUAUUUUGUGUUGUGGCCCAUCAAAAAAAAGUUUAAUUGUAUCUUAACAUGGCCCAUAUUAUUUUGUGGAGUAUUGAAUUGUAUUUCCAUAAAGUGUGUCAAUUUUCAGGUUAAUGUUUGCAAUGCUCAGUGUCUCCCCCAAAUGCUGCAGCGUCGCCAGUCCAUCAGAUUAAUAGUUUUGUACUUCCCUGUUUGCGCAUAACAUUUUAACCAUGGUUUAGCACAAGCAAAGUGCCCAAGAAAAACAGGGCUCCUGGGCUCCUCCUCCUGGGUGGGCAGAAGAAAGACUUCACUCACAUUUACUUUCAUUUUCCAGAAUCAUGGCUUACUGCAUACGAACCAGAGAUUGUAGCAGAAAACAAACUGUUCAGUUUCUAAACAAAUAAACUUCAAGCCAUGGGUUUUGAAGCUGGCUUGCUUAACUAACCAGUUUGUUUUGAACCACAAUCUCUGCCUUGUAUGUAACAAGCCAUGGUUCUUGAAAAGUAAAUGUAAACACCAUCAAAGUCCUUCUGGUUUUAUGACAUAAGGACUAAACUAAACCAUGGUUUAGAAUUAUGUCAACCAACCCAAAGAUUUUCAAUGGCCAUUGUCGUCGUACCAUGCUCAGAGCAGUGGAAGAUGGGAAUAAAUGGAACUAACACCUGCAAUUCCUGUAUCUCAUUGAAAAAGGCUUGAUUAGGAAAAGCACAUUUUUCCAGCCUAUGUUUGUUGCUGUUCAGUGCAAACUGUCCUUUAUCAUUAAAACAACUGUAGACAAGUCACUUGAGUUAAUGCAGUUAUUUUUUGUUAUAUGGAACCUUCUCAAUAACUUUUUAAUGACAGCUAAAAAUAUUAAAACUCUUAGAUCAUCUUG